UCCGGGGGAAUGGCGGAUGGGGAGGCCGCCGUGUGCGUGGAGUGGGACAGCGGUGAUGGGAGUUUAACAGAAUAACAUCCCACCUGUGCAUUUUUAUUUCCUCUGUUUAGUUUGGUAUUCAGCUCUGGUCAUGGAUCCUGAGAAAAAGUUGACAUUCUGCCUCGGGCUGAAGGCUGAGGAGAUGACCAUGUCCCUGCAGGGGCUGGACGGUACUGAAGCUGCUACGGUGGCUGUUUCUCAGAAGGAGGCUGACAUGCUAACAGUUAAUAAGGUGGUGAAGCAGAACGGGGGUUCUGGUAGCCAACCUGUAGUCAGCCCCAAGUACUGUCCUGGAGUAAACAACAAUCCAGGCUACCUGUGUGAAACAGGACACUGCUGUGGAGAGACAGGCUGCUGUACCUACUAUUAUGAACUCUGGUGGUUCUGGCUUUUGUGGACGGUUCUGAUUCUCUUCAGCUGUUUCUGUGCUUACCGCCACCGCCGGGCCAAGCUGAGAAUCCAACAGCAGCAGAGACAGAGAGAGAUCAAUCUGAUCGCCUAUAACGGAGCCUGCAACUACCCUUCCUCAAUGCUGGACCUCAGUUUUCUGGCUUCCUUCAAGUUGCCCUCCUAUGAGGAGGUGGCUGCACAGCCCAGCACCCCUCCUCCGCCUUACAGCUCUCUCCUCUUACCCACAUCAUCACCACCACCUGGCCUGACUUCCUCCCAGAGCUCUGACAACUACACCAGCUGCUCCUGCGAGUCGUGCUCCCUCACCUCCCCCUCGAGCACGUCCUUCUCUGUCCAGGUGACGGACGAGACGUAUGACAGCAGCCACAUCUCCACACCCAGUGAAGCGGGGGGCGACUGUGCCCUCAUGCCAAGGGUUGGGGCCACCUUCACGCCAACGCCCUCGCCACCACCUCCAUCACAACUUCCACCUGAUGUUAUACCUGCAGCCACUCCAGAUGUCAUACCUGUGCAGAGACGUUCCUCAAAUGGCAGCGGAGGAGUCUCACCUCCUGCUCCACCACUUUCUCUUCCUUUACACUCUCGUCCUUCACACCCUUCCCGCUUCCCACUUUCUCCCCUCAUCCUGUUAUCUUCCCUCCCUCCUGGUCAAGUCCAUCCUCUCGUGCUCUCUGACCCACUUGGAGCCAUGGCUGUUCAGAAAGAGAAAGAAGAUGAGGCCUCACCUCAUGGUCCAACCCCAAGGCUCACACCGUCUCCCCCUAAACAGGCUCUAUUGUCCUCAAAUGUGGCUGUUUUCACACACUGCAACAGCAAACAGGAGCAGAAAAGAGAAAAAGAAGAGGAGGAAGAGGAAGAAGAAGACGAUGACGAGGAUCAUUUCCGGCAUCGACGACUAACGGGAGACUCGGGCAUUGAGGUCUGUCGCUGCCACGUGAAGAGGGAGGAACAACAGGAAGAGGAACUGCAAAAGGGGCAUUUUGGUAAAGGAGGGAAAGAGGCUAUGAAGGGGGAGGAGAGGGCAGACGCGCUGCACGACAGCGUGGACUGUUCCCUCCGAGCGAAGGCCAAUGCGCAGUCACCUCUCCUGGACGACUGCGCUGAGCAGCGUGGCCACGUCUCAUCAUCCUCCAGUGUCAUCCAGAAGACAGACGAGGCCAUUAUCACUGUGGAGUCCUCGUAGGCUGACAGCCAGUGAGAUGUAGUCAUCAGAUGUUUACGAUUAAUGGCAUCCUUACAGAUCAAGACUAGUAGGUGAAAAGUUGAAUCACUGAAGAAAAGUCUUUCAGGUCUUUAUGGUGGCAAGCCAAGAGUCAGGAUGAGAAAUAGAUCCUCUUGUUUUCUCAUUAUGAGAACCCGACAACUGAAAGUCAUAUUUAGGAGAAAGCAUAUCUUGCUCUUUGAAGUGAUGAAAAAAACAAAUGAAACAAAAUCUUUCUCCUUCCUUUUCCCACAUGCUAACCAAAUCCAUUUUUACAAGUGGUUCAGCAUCAACAUAUCAGCAUCCCUCUACCGCUUACUUUUUAUAUCUUUUCUCUGCAUGAUGCGGCAUCGCUAAAAUAGCAUUUUAGCUCUUUGCUGUGAAAAUCCAAAUAGUCAGUGGUUCCCAACCAGCCGGUCAGGAGCCCUCAAAGGUGUCUAAAGAUAAAUAAGAGGGGCCAAAUGAGGAUUAACAGAAUGAGAAGGAAGAAUAACAUAGUUCUGCUGUACAGAAUUAUAUGCUAAUUUCCUGAUGUUUCUCUAAUCUUGGCUUUAUUAUGUGAAAUUAUGGAUAGUUUCUCAAUUAAAGAUAAUUCAAAUAAAACAAUCUCAAAAGCGCAAAUCAAUCUGUGGGGGAACUGCUCACCACUUACUGAAAUAUGCAGUGUAUGAUGGAUCUCAGAAGAAUAUUCCUUCAGUUUAAGGUCAUAAGGCAAAAAAGUUUGGAACCACUGCCUAAAAUAGUAUAGUGGCAGUAUAGUGGUAUAGUACGUAUUACUUCUGUAAUCCCAGGCAGUUUGAUCAGCAUUUGUAACCAUAAACAAGACUGUUUAUCAUUAACUGAUAUUUUCUUGAAUAAAAUAAAAAAAAGAUAUUCAAGGAGUAUGUAAUGUAAAAUGAAAGAACAGUUCAUUUUCAAAAGAGCAGCUUGAAAACAAGAGUUAUAUAAUCUUAAAUUACUGGCUUCAAACUUUUGAAGAACUCGAAACUCACAAAUGUUGAUCACUGAAAUAUUCAUAAUGUUUCUUUUUUGUUAUUGUUGUAGGGUGAAUUUUUUCUGUCACCAACCUACUUCCCUCUGUUUAUCAGAGGAAAUAAUGACAGAAGGCAACUAUUAUGACUGAUUCGAGGGGUGGGUGUUUUAUACGUUAUGUCUUAUGUUGGUCCCUUAAGAGAAAGGGGUGCAAACCUUAAUUAAAUUGUGUGGGUGGCAAAGCUUUACAUUGGAAUUAUGAUUACACGUUGUUUCAGACUGUUAUAUGAAUAUACUGUACAAUUACCUGACUGUUUUACUUUGGAUGUCACAUGUUUGAACGUGUUCCUGGUUGGUCAUUGCCAUUUUUACAAGGCAAUGUAAAUCUGAUUCCUCCAUGGGUGGACUGUUGAGUUUUUACAAGGCAGAAACUUUAAGCCUAAUCUGUUCUCUGAUAAUGAAUGUAAAAGGUUAUGUAUUGCAGCAAAUAUAUAUAUAUAUAUAUAUGCUUAUAUAUAUAUAUAUACUUAGAUUGUUUACAGAGAAGAGUUUUUAUAGCAUGAUACUUGAGUGAAGUUGUCUGGAAGAGUGUCCAGAACUGCAGCAAGGCAAUACAUCUGCCAGGUGUGGGCUUUGAGAGGACACUGUCUAAGUUGAGUAAUGCUUAUUAAAUAUUAGAGAUAUAUAAAAUGUCUGAGGUGAAGGUUUAAAGUCACGGUCAGUAUAACGCUUUUUUGAUUACUGCUGUGGCGAAACUUGUAGUCACUUCUCAGAGUUGGACUGCCUUUCUCUAAUUGUAUCCUGGUUGGUCCUGUUUUUAUCUGUAAAACCAUUUGUUGGUUGAUGUCCAGUUGUUCAACAUCUGUCACUAAAGAGUAGUCUCUGCCUCAGUAGGUGGACUGUGAUACCCUUAAUUGAUGCUCUGUACUUCCUAGGGUUAUGUGAAGUUAGUCUCAGUACCUAGUGGGAAUAGCACACAUGUAUUCUCUUGUAAUUAAUUCUCAGUACAUAACGUACUCAUGAAUAGAGUAAAAGCUUUAGAGGGCAAGGAUGUCUCAUAUCUCAAAUCACAUUUUGUACACGUUUGUCUUGCUGUAGUUCUUAUGAGACUAAUGUCAAUGCAGUUUAUUGACUAGAGGCCACUUGGUUGUGUCCUUGGCUCAGUGCAAAGCUGACUUAAUUGUCUAAUGCCUGAAGGCAACGCUUUCAUCUCAUUUAUAGUUCUGUGGGCAGAAAACUUUGCCUCGACUCAGCUCUACAAUACCUUUAUUUGUCAAAGACAAGUUAUGUGUUUGCGUGUACAUUAAAAAGUCCAUCUAGGGAGUGC